CAAUCUUUCAGCUGUUCUCUUCGUGCACUUGCGGGCAUGAUGGCGAUGCGUUCUUAGCAGCACAGCUCGCCCCGCCUUAUCCUGUCCUCUCCCCGUGCCCACUCCACUCCACCUACCUCCUCGCCGCGCCACCGCCAACCCUUCCUGCGCCUUCCCCGCCUACCAAGACAUCCUCUUUCUUUGACUUGGUUAGCUGCUGCGGCCAUUUCCGGGCUGCCGGCGCCGGAGGUUCAGCGAGGAGGGUUUACUGUGGGAGAGGUCGUCGCCGGGCGCGCGGGGGGUAUGGACCCAAUGCUGAGUCUGGUGAAGGAGGAGAUGAGCCACGCGGGAGGCGAUUCACCCGCGGAUGCGCCGGCGGCGGAAGCGGAAGCGCUGCCCAAGCCCAUGGAGGGGCUGCACGACGCCGGGCCGCCGCCGUUCCUCACCAAGACCUACGACAUGGUCGACGACCGCGCCACCGACGCCGUCGUGUCCUGGAGCGCCGGCAACAACAGCUUCGUCGUCUGGGACCCCCACGCCUUCGCCUCCGUGCUCCUGCCCAGGCACUUCAAGCACGGCAACUUCUCCAGCUUCGUCAGGCAGCUCAACACCUAUGGUUUCAGAAAAGUGGAUCCUGACCGAUGGGAAUUCGCUAACGAGGGUUUUCUACGGGGACAGAGGCACCUUCUGAAGAACAUUAGGCGUCGAAAACCUACUGCUCAUACUGCUUCAAAUCAGCAGUCUCGUGGAUCAUACCUUGAGGUUGGGCACUUUGGAUAUGAUGGGGAGAUCGACCGGCUGAAGAGGGACAAGCAACUGUUGAUGGCAGAAGUGGUGAAGCUUAGGCAGGAACAGCAGAGCACGAAGGCGCGUCUGAAAGCCAUGGAGGAUAGGCUACAUGGGACCGAGCAGAAGCAGCAGCAGAUGACGGCUUUCUUGGCACGUGUCUUGCGGAACCCUGAAUUCUUAAAGCAACUGGCUUCCCAGAACAGGAUGAGGAAGGAGCUUCACGAUGCCAUCUCGAAGAAAAGGAGGCGUCGCAUCGACCAGGGACCUGAAGCUGAUGACAUGAUGGCCAGUAGCAGCUUGGAGCAAGAGACACCUAUUCUGUUUGAUCCCCAUGAGUCAGUGGAACAUCUUGCUGAGGGGUCAGUGGAACUCCUCUCUGCCGGUAUCCCAUCUGACCUGGAAGGUUCAGUUGAACUCCUUGUCGAUGGAAUCCCGCCUGACCUGGGAGGUUCAGUGGAACUCCUUGUUGAUGGGAUGACAUCUGAUCUCAACGGCUCAGGUAUCGAUGCUAAUGGUGUAACAGAGCCACAUGGUUUUGAUCUCGGUGCCCAUGAAGUGCAGCAGAACGGAGCCCAGGGGUUGCCUAACACUAAUUUUUGGGAGGAGCUGCUGAACCAAGGACUCAGCGAUGAGAAUGACAACCUGGUUGACGUGGGCGAUAUGGAUGUGCUGGCCAAGAAGAUGGAUUAUCUCAUCUCAAAUAGCCCGACUCACACAACUUAGUUCUAUUUCGUUAUAUUAAAUCGCUGCUACUUUCUUCAUGUUCCAUGCAUCUCACCCUGCAGUGUCUCCUCAAGGAAUUCUGCCAUGUCGAGAGUGAUUCUCCACCGUGUCUUCUGUGAAACUGUCAGUGUCAUCCAUCGCUGGAGAGGGACUGUGAGUUGUUUGUUUUAGCUGAUUGACCGUAUUGAUCUGGUUUGUUUCAGGCAAUGUAGCUGUUGAUCAGCACAUGUUCUGAUAUAGGAUAGCCUAAUGUGGCAUGAUAUUCUGAUGUUGAAGGUUUAGUAGUUUUGUGGAUGGUUUCGCCGAGUAGGCCUAUGUUUAUUUCAUUUCCAUUUGGUAUA